UAUGUGGUUCUGAGUGAGGCGGCCGGGGCUGAGACAGACGCUGGGCAAAGGGACACAUGUAGGGAGAGACACAGCACAGGCUUUGGCAGGAGGACUCUUAUCUGAACCCACUUCUCUUUCUUUAAUCUCAGUUAUCUUUGACACCAGUGAAGAUUUACAGCAGUUUGAAAUGUCGCUCAUCCUGACCGUGCUGGACAAGCUGGCGUACUUUCUGUCUCUGAUAGCGUUUUGUGUCAGUGUGUCCUACAGCUGGCUGAAAUGAAACUAGAUCCUUCUUUCUGUCCACGAGCUCUGAUAAUGACCGCAUGCUUUUUCAGUGGAUAUUUAACAAAUGAUCCUGAGGUGUGGGGUGUGAGUUACGAUGCUUUUUCUCCUGACUUCUCUGAGUGUAACUGAAGACAGUGAGCUCUUUGCCAAAGACCACGAUGCUGCAGCGGUGCAUCCUGAGGCCGUACCAUGUGCUCGCACUGGUGCUGUGUGUGUCAGCCAGAGAGGACUUUGACUGGACCAAGAACGACAGAACGUCUUUUUACUACGGCACCUUCCCCACUGGGUUCUCAUGGGGCGCCGGCAGCUCUGCCUAUCAGACUGAAGGAGCCUGGAAUGCAGACGGCAAAGGGAUGAGCAUCUGGGACGCUUUCACCCACAAAAAGGGCAAAAUAUUCUUGAACGACACGGGAGACGCCUCGUGUGAGGGCUACUACAAAUUCAAGGAUGACAUCAACUUGAUGAAGGACAUGAAGCUGAAUCAUUAUCGUUUCUCCAUCUCCUGGCCGAGGAUUUUACCAAGCGGACUGAAAAGUGAACACAUCAACGAGAAAGGAAUCAAAUAUUACGACGACCUGAUUAACAUGCUGCUGGACAAUAAGAUCACACCUAUAGUGACUCUGUACCACUGGGAUUUACCACAGUUCUUACAGGAGAAAUAUGGCGGCUGGCAGAACGGCACCAUGGUCAACCACUUCAACGACUUUGCCAACUUGUGCUUUGAGAGGUUUGGAAACAAAGUGAAGUACUGGAUCACCUUCAACAACCCCUGGUCCAUCGCUGUGGAGGGAUAUCAAACAGGGGAACAUGCACCUGGACUGAAGCUGAAGGGAACAGGAGCUUAUAAAGCUGCUCACCACAUCAUCAAGGCACACGCUAAAGUUUGGCACACGUAUGACAUGCAGUGGCGAAGCAAACAGAAAGGCCUGGUUGGGAUCUCGCUAACAGCAGAUUGGGGGGAACCAGUGGACAUCACCAACCAGAGAGACAUUGAAGCAGCAGAGAGAUACAUCCAGUUCUACCUGGGAUGGUUUGCUACUCCCAUCUUCCACGGAGACUACCCCCAGGUCAUGAAAGAUUACAUCGGCAGGAAGAGUGGCCAGCAGGGCCUCGGAGCGUCACGGCUGCCCGUCUUCUCGCCUCAGGAGAAGAGUUACAUCAAGGGAACCUGUGACUUCAUGGGCCUCGGCCAUUUCACCACUCGCUACGUCACCCUGAAGAAUUACCCGUCGAGCGUCGGAGACAGCUACUUCGCAGACCGUGACCUCGCUGAGCUGGUCGACCCACAGUGGCCUGAUCCAGGAUCUGAGUGGCUCUACUCUGUUCCCUGGGGCUUCAGACGCCUGUUGAACUUUGUCAAGACUCAGUACGGAAACCCGAUGAUAUACGUGACAGAAAACGGCGUGUCAGAGAAAAUGCUCUGCACCGACCUCUGUGACGACUGGAGGAUGCAGUACUUCAAAGACUACAUCAACGAAAUGCUCAAAGCGAUAAAGGACGGGGUGAACGUGAAGGGUUACACAGCCUGGUCUCUCCUCGACAACUUUGAGUGGGACGAAGGAUACUCCGAGAGGUUCGGACUCUACUACGUGGACUUCAGGAACAAGAACAAACCACGCUACCCGAAGGCGUCUGUCCAGUUCUACAAACGCAUCAUCAGCUCAAAUGGCUUCCCCAAUCAGAGAGAGGUGGAGAGUUGGAAGAGGAAAGCCGUGGAGACGUGCUCCUCCAGUAACCAGCUCCUGGCUGCAGCUAGAAGAAAGUCCCAGGGAGAUCAGGAACAUGCAGGGAUGCAAAAGGCUUGGCCAGUGCAUGAUGAAGUUUAGACCCGCUGAUCGGCCACAUGGAGAUGGUGACAGAGAUCGUGGUUCCCACCGUGUGCACGCUCUGCAUCCUCCUCAGUGCAGUCUUCCUCAUGUUCCUGCUGCGAGGACGCAUCUGAACACACACACACACACACACACACACACAUGAAUCUGAGAGUGACUCUGAAGCUGUAAAACUUUCUCCUGUCAGAGCAUCGUGUUGAUUUAACUGUCCUGCUGUUCUGGUCUGAUAAACUGUGUCCAGGUCGUCACCAUUAAGUCACAAAGCGCUGCCACCUGUCACAGCUCUGGAAGAAUGGAUUCAAGCUUGGUAUCAUUUUUAUUAUUUUUAUUUUUUAACAAACUGGUCUUGUGUGGUUUUUGACGUAGCUCAGUUUUACAGGCUACUCAUCUAACUGCAGAGAGGAGAGGGUUUACUGUCACAUGAAGUUUGUAACAUAAAGAAAUAAGAGUGAUGGAGAUAAAGUGUUGUUCUCUCUGUGGACCAUAAACUUCAAAUAAACACAUUUUUAAGACUAAA